GUUUAAUUGUUUCUUCUUUCGCGAAAAAAUGAAUCAAAACGAUCUGCAGCACAAUGAUCUUCUCGAUUCACCAAUCCGUGGGCCUACCCUUUCAACUAGCACCUCAAGCUUCGAAGCCCUUGAUCCACAUGACCCAAAUUUAAGUAAACUAGCGACUAAAAUGUUUCGGAAAACUGAGGAAUACAUAACAAAUGAACUGAAUGCUCCACUCGAAGAUUACAAACUUCUCGAGGACAUGAACAAAGUAACAAUUUCGAAAUACUCAGAGAUGAAACAUGUAGCCGAGGGUCUGAAUUUAUCGACGAAUGAUUUGAACGAUAAGUUCCAACAAUUGAUUCCAUUAAUGCAACAAAUUCACGAAAUAUCCGAUACCGUUGAUAAAUUGGAGGCGGCAGCAUAUAAACUAGAUGCUUAUAGUGUGGCGCUGGAAAAUCGUGUUAAGUCCGUACUUCAAAGGAAAACUCAAUAAACUUUUUAAAAAAAUAAUUUCUUAAUAUUUA